AUGGACAGCAUAGAAGAGUUGCGAGCGAAGCUGCGUCGACUCGAAGAGGAGAAGCAGCGAGCCGAAGAGCAGCAGCAGCGAGCCAAAGCCGAGAAGCAGCGAGCCGAAGAGCAGAGGCAGCGAGCCGAAGAACAGCAGCAGCGAGCCGAAGCAGAAACACGCAACACAACACUAUCCAAAUACCUCGAUGCCCUCCAUGAGCUCUUAUUUAAGCGAUUUACAGUCGAAACGGACGAAAAGACGACAUCGAAGGGCUCGUUGACUAGCCCAGCCAGCAGGCGAUGCCCACCGCAGCUUAAGCCUUAG